AUGAUCGACUCAGCGCUCGUCCCCGACUUAUGGACAGGCGUCGCCAUCUUUGCCGUUCUAUACCUCGUGAAAUGGCGCCUUGACCCGUUGUAUCACAUCCCGACGGUGGGAGGCACCUCCCUCCCGCUCCUCUCCUACAUAGGGGCACGCAAGUUCGUGCACCGAGGCAAGGAUGUCAUUCAGGAAGGUUAUCGUAAGCAUCACGGCAGGGCCUUCAAGGUCCCUAUGAUGGAUAAGUGGAAGGUGUUUGUCUCGGGCCCAGAGUUGUUAGACGACAUCAGGCGCAGACCGGACGACGAGGUAUCGCUUACGGAGAGCGUCGAGGCUGAUUUACAGAUCAGGAACAUCGUUGAUCGUGAAGUGGUCGAUAAUCCGUACCAUAUCGACAUAAUCAAGGAGAAGCUCACGCGAAGCCUCCCCGCGGUCUUGCCACACGUCGUCGACGAACUGCGACUGGCAGUGCCAGAGCAUGUCCCGGCCGUCUCGGGAGAGUGGACAGAGGUCAACGUACUAGGCGCUUUCCGACAGAUCGUAGCCCGUGCAAGCAAUCGCGUCUUCGUCGGUGAACCACUUUGUCGUAAUGAAGAAUUUUUGGCUCUUAUGAUUAGAUUCGCUGUCGACCUCUGGAAAGACCGAGCCAGGCUCGGCUGGUUCCCGCAAUUCCUGAAACCAUACCUUAGCAUGAGCUACAGCUUGGCGAGGCGUUCGUUGCGUAGGAAUAAGGAGAUUCUGCAGCCGGUGAUCGAUGAGCGCAAAGUGAUGAUGGAGAAAUGGGGGGACGACUGGACUGACAAACCUAACGACAUGUUGCAAUGGUUCAUAGAAGCCCAGGAGACGGAAGACCAGUACCAGAAGGUCGCUGACAAGAUCGUGCUCACGAACUUCGCUGCGAUUCACACUUCUUCAAUAACCGGCAGUGUCUCCUUUUUGUGGCUCGCGGACCACCCCCAGUACAUUGAGCCGAUCCGUGACGAGAUCGAAGAGGUUGUUUCUCGGAACGGCUGGACGAAGGCGGCCUUAGGCAAAAUGUGGAAGCUUGACAGCCUUCUCAAGGAGUCUCAGCGCCGUCAGGGAUUCAAUCUGGCUUCCUUGAGACGGAAGGUGAUGAAGGAUAUCACGCUGUGCGACGGCACCGUCCUCCCGCGCGGCACGGAUGUCGUUGCGGCGGCUUACGACAUCCACCACAACGCCGCCAAGUACGAGGACCCGUACGUCUUCGACCCAUUCCGCUUCUCGCGCAUGCGCGCGGAGUCAGAGGAGGAGCGCGUCAAGAACCAGUUCGUUAACACAUCUGUCGACUACAUCCCAUUCGGUCAUGGUAAGCACGCGUGCCCGGGACGCUUCUUCGCGGCGAACGAACUGAAGGCACUGCUCGCAUACCUUAUCCUCAACUACGACUUCAAAAUGGGUGGCGAUGGCCAUGCUGGGCCUCUGACGUACCAAGGCUUGCUAGUCAUUCCUCCUGCGAAUCCAAUGGUGAAGUUCAGGAAGCGCGAGCCGACCCAUCACGGUCCCACAGCUCAGCUUGUAAUACCUCGCGACUAG